CUCCUCCUCCUCCUCCCAUGCCCAUAUCGGCCAUGAGUGCCACUCAAUCCAGGACCUCCAUGACCCUCCUUGGUACCUGAGAGAUUUUCCCCGCCCUCGUUCAUGCCCACCAUAUCCCCUCGUCCCCGCCCUUUCGACUUCAAAUCCAUCCGAGGCGCAUCUGCGGUGCAGGCCCAUCCCAUCCCGUCCCGUCUCCGCCGUCCCGUUCCCGCGGCACGCAUUUCCCUGCCCGUCCCUCCCCCAUCACUCUUGAGUCUUGACUCUCUCUCUCUCUUGCUCGCUUUCUCUCGCUCUCUCGACCAUCUUGACUCGGGUCGCCAUCAUGUCGUCGACCGACAAUGGACUCCGAUCCCCGCCACCUGUCCAUAAUAUCCCCUUGAAUGAUCUCGAAUAUGGUCUCAAUCGCCGCUCCCACGCCGCCAGUUGGUCGGAUCUGGCUGACCCAUCGGCUCUCGCCCCUCACGUCAAGCACCACAUGGAUCACGCCCUCGACCAUCUCGACCGGUUCUUCACCCAGGUGGCCAUCUUCAUCACUCCGAGUUACCUGCAACAUCAUGUCGGCGGUCGGCCUCAGCCCCCAACAAAACCCCAUGCUAUCGCGGCGCUGGACGGCCUGCGCGGCUGGGCCUGCUUGCUCGUCUUCAACUUCCAUUUCCUCUUCACAUACACCUGGAAGGUCGCCGUCGGCUGGGGGUUCAACAAUGAAAAUUUUGGUCUCCUGCAGCUCCCCAUCUUGCAUAUGCUGGUCUCCGGCCACAUCAUGGUGGCCAUCUUCUUUGUCAUUUCGGGCUACGUGCUCUCCUACAAGCCACUGAAGCUGAUCCGCAGUCGCUCCUGGGAACAGACCUUCACCGUUCUGGCCUCGUCCACCUUCCGUCGCGCGCUCCGUCUCUACAUCCCGUCGGUGGUCGGCAUCCUUCUGGUCUUCGUCGCCGUGCGAUUGGGCGUCUACAAUUACUCUCAGAAAGUCCUUGUGGAGGGUCACACCAUCUUGGGCACCAAUGAACAGCAUCCCCCGAUCAUGCGGUCUUUCCACAAACAGUACUGGGACUGGUAUCUGACGAUCGUCCAUCUGAUGGACCCCUUCAACUGGGGCCUCUACUACAACUACUACAAUCCGCAUCUGUGGACCAUUCCGGUCGAGUUUCGCAGCUCCAUUGUGCUGUUCCUCACCAUCCUGGCCACCUCCCGCCUGACAACGACCGUGCGUCUCUCCCUUGUCAGCGGGCUCGUCUGGUUCUGCAUGCGCUGGGGUCGCUGGGACAUUGUCCUAUUCCUCUUUGGCAUGCUCAUGGCGGAGGUGGACCUCAUCAACGGCACCUGGGAGCGGCCUGCGGACGAGGGCGAGUUCUCGAAGCCCCGACCGGGCCCCCGACGCUUCCUCCCCAAGCAGCAAAAUGCCCUUCGUCAGAUGCUUCCUUUCCAACUUUCAACCCGCAAUCUGUGGAUCACCCUCUUCGUCCUAGGUCUCUACCUGGGCUCCGCCCCGAAUACCGGCUACAAGUGGACUCCCUUCUACCGCUGGACCUGGGAGAUCACGCCCAAGACCUACCCGGAACCGCACCGCUUCCCCCAGACCCUUGGGGCGGUCCUCAUUGUCUUCAGCAUCAACCACUCCAAGGAGAUCCAGAAGCUCUUCACCACCCCAGUCUCCCAGUACCUCGGCAAGAUCUCCUUUGCCUUUUAUAUCGUGCAUGGCCCCAUUCUCCACUCCUUGGGCUAUUCUCUUAUGCCCAAUAUCUGGGCCUUGGUCGGCAAGGAGACCAACUUUCAGUACUGCCUGGGUUUCUUCAUCGGCUGGCUCAUCUGCCUGCCUGUCUCGCUCUGGGCCGGUGACAUCUUCUGGCGCGCGGUCGAUAUUCCCAGCGUCAAGUUUGCCCGCUGGCUUGAAGACAAGCUGAUUGUGAAAUCGACGAAACUGGAGGUCUCCGGUGCGAACCCACACCUGCACUGAUUGACCGCCCUUCCCGCGGGUCGUCCGUUUGACUCGGUCGGGUUCCCGAAGCGCCCGUAGGCCGCAAAUCGGGAUCAUAAGCACGCUGCCCCCUCCCCUCCACCCCAGAAAAGGCGGGGUGGAGUCGCAUCGGCUGGCCACCUUAUAAGUCACUGGGCUGGCA